AUGCCCACCGAACACAACAUCGAACAGCCUGCGGCAAGCAAUCCUGACUCUGAGCAGGAGCAGCCAGCCGAACAGCCAGGCGAUGCCUCCCAGGAGUCUACCGCCAGUGACGCCGUAGAGGAGGUCUCGGAGAAGGUAGAUAAGACAGAGGAUGAUGCUGCUUCCAAGGCCCGCCUGCGCAAAGAGAGAUUCAAGGCUCUUCAGGCUCGCGCAAAAACGGCUACAGAGCGCAACCUGAAGGAAACCGCCGCCGAAACACAACGCCUAGCGACCGACCCGGCAUUACUUUCAUCGAUCUCGCGCAAGCACGCCUUCGCAUCGCACAACCUGCUAAAAGCUGAUACAGAGGCCGCGGGCGAGGAUUUUGAGCGCAAGCGCGCUUGGGACUGGACUGUGGAUGAGUCUGAAAAAUGGGACAAGCGGAUGGAAAAGAAACAACGCCAUCGUGACGACGUUGCCUUCGAGGACUAUACGCAAGAUGCGCGCAAAGUUUACAAGAGACAGCUGCGCGAAUUACAACCUGACUUGGAGGGUUAUGAACGAGAUAAGAUGGCGGCCAUCGAAAAAGCCGCCGCCAACGGGGACCUCGAAAUCGUGGAAACUAACGACGGCGAAAUGAUCGCUGUCGAUAAGAACGGCACCUUCUAUUCCACGGCAGAUACUGUCGGAUUCACGGAAAACAGGCCUGAUCGGGCAGCUGUCGAUAAGCUGGUCGCGGACUUGAGAAAGGCUGAGGAGGUUCGACUCAAGAAGCGGAGAGACCGCCGCGGAGAUGAUGAUGGUGACGUCACCUACAUCAAUGAGAAGAACAAACAGUUCAACCAGAAACUGGCUCGCUUCUAUAACAAGUAUACAACCGAGAUUCGUGACAGCUUCGAACGUGGAACUAUGAUCUGA